UCGAACCGCCGAGACGUUCAAAUCGCUGCCGCCUUCGUCGCGGGUGUGAAAAGUUACCCUCAAAGCAAAAAAAAACGGAGAAACAAAUAUAUAUACAAAUAUCGGGGAGAAAACCUGAUUUCUUCUAAAAAGUUGCAAAAAUAACAAAACUCAGAAUGCACUUUUUACUGCGGAUUUAAGCAGUUCUCGCCGAAUAAAGGUGGCGCCCCAAAGGUUAAACCGCUAUUUCCGUUUCGCCCAUCGCGGUGGUUUGUGCUAUUGUGCUAUGAUAUAUAUGAUAUGAUAUGGAGUGAAUUAACCCAUCGUUCAGCUGUCUAAGCAGUUUUCAUUGGGUGCACACUACGGAAUUUCAAUUACUUAGCCACUCGAUGCGAAAGGAGCGCACUUCAAGAUAUUCAUAAAAACAACGACAACGAACUUUGAGGUGGGGAAGAAGAGGAAACCCAGCGCCAAACUCCAAUUGCAACUCUCGGAUACCCAACAGCAAUUGCGGUCCCAAAAUUAUAUGCCUGCCACCGCAUUUCCAUAGGAUUUUGGUGGAAACUUGCGACUAACAAAGCGAACUUCAAAUGUGAACCAAUCAUACAAUAAAAACGCGAAAAAAGACCGAAAAUAACGUGCAUGGAAAAAAAGAUAUUGUGAAAACAACAACAAAAGAAACAUUAGGCAAAAUUGUUUCCAAAGCCUUUUUGUAUUAUUUUUUGAAAGUGCAGUGAAAACGAAAUAUGAUUAAUUAGCAAUGCGGCAAAAUCAUUAAUGAAUAUUAAGUAAAGCCCCCGAAAAACACGAACAAAACGGGAAAAGUUAAGAAAAAACUUGCAUGUGGAGCAAAAGAGAGUUUGGCGCGCUUUUAAACGCCGGCGACUAAAGACGCGUUCGCGUUUUAACUCAACCAACAAGCGGAAGAGUGAUAGCCAAAUUAAAAUCAAGUUCGUUGCAUAAAUCUCGCGAGUGUCUGUGUGCAAAUGGCCACUUCGGAGCAGAGUAGGCGGCCCCUGGAGCCGAUCUUCAUCGCCACUCCCCCCCAGACGCCCCUGCUGCACCACCACAGCUCGAUAACGCGCACCACAACGCCCCGCGAGAUGCCCACCAUGUACCACUUCGAUUUCGCAACCAGCAGCACCACGGAUCGCGACCAGGAAGACUCGGGAAGGGGCGCGGAGGACGAGGAGCCGCUGCCCCCGCCCCCGCCGCCACUGACCUCCGGAUCGGCGCUCCCGGUGCCGGAGCACGUGCCCGACCAGGCCGUCCAGCUGACCCCGUGUCCCUGCUGCAGCCGCACCUUCGUCGUGGACGCCCUGCGCAAGCACAUCGUCAUCUGCGAGAAAGCCUCCAAGAAGCGCAAGAUCUUCGACUCGUCGCGCCAGCGUCGCGAUGGCACCGCUCUCUCCACCUACGUGCUGCCCAAGAACUUUGGCCUCCCCAAUGCGGAGCGCACGGCAGGAGUGCCAUCUCCUCCGGCCAACGCUCGAGAGGCUCCACCAGCUGAGCCAGUGAACUCCCCGCAACCAGUUCGUCGGAAGUCGCAAACCGAGUUGGUUCGCUCCACCGCACGAGCGUCUUUGCGGAAGGCGGCAUCCACACUGUCCAAUACGGCAGCCAACGAGGCGGCGGGAUCUGGAGGCCCAGCCGGGCCACCUGCUGCUCCUCCGGCCCGGGAAAAGUCGCUGGCCGAGAGGAUAAAGCCGCCGCCCGGCGAUCCCUGUCCCCACUGCGAGCGCACCUUCAACCCGAAGGCCUUCGACCGCCACGUGGAGUGGUGCAAGGAGAAGACCAUGCUGGCCAACAUGAAGGGCGCCAACAAGCAGGAGACCAGCAAGGCCAAGGAGCGUCUGGAGGCCAGGAAGAAGUACAAGCCACCCAAUCUAAAGACAAAGAGAUCCGUUGCCCGAGACAAGUACUCCGGGAACCACGAGGAGCUGCUGGAAGCGGGCGAGAUGGCGGCCCCCAAGCCAAGUAUGAUGUCCCUCUCGAUGACCUCGUCCGUGCAAAGUGAUAACCAUCAAGCUCAAGGAACAAGAAGUCGCGCCCCUGUGCCACCCGGAAGUCGCGGGAAGCCGGAGACCAGACCAGCGGUCAGCCAGAACCAGGUGAACCUGUACAUGACCCACGACGAGGAUCCCCCCUCCUCUCCACCGCCGCCCAGCGAUGGAGCUCCACUGCGGCGCUCCAGGCGCAAGCAGCCGGAGUCCUGCUGUGAAAUCGACGAUGCCAUGGAGCGACUGAGGCACAACGGCAGUGGAGACGGGUUCCGUUUGGCCAAGCUGGACUGCAUGGAGGCACCAGCCCUGCAGCCGGCCAGACACCGCAAAACCACAGGCAAGCGGGAUAAAAUCGGAGCGGGCGACAAGGAUAUCCGCCUGCCCAACCUUCCCCAAGUGACCAUGACAUUCGACGAACUCAAUGGGUUGAUCAAGCGUAAAGGCGGCACUCCUAUCUGCAAUAUGGAAAUGGAAGAUCAGGAAAAGCAUCAUCAUUCGAGCACCUCCUUGGUGCGCCAGGCUCAUCGCCGCACUCGCACCCGGGAGAACCCCAACUUGGAGCUAAGGGCCUUGCAACAGGGAUCAGUGAUGUCCAAGGACGUUCAGUUCGCCUCGCUGGACUCGAGCUUAGUGCCCCUGCAGCGAAAGCAACGCAAGGUGGUGCACUCGGGAUCCGAGGAGGACUCUCCCCGGGCGGAGAUCCAGAUCAAGAUGGAGGCCACCACCAUGCGCACAGUUUGCCGACCCACUAAGAGACCGGCAGUUCACGGAGGACAAUUGAUCAGUAACCCCGAACCCCUGAGGGCUUUACCAAUGCCCGAGUUGAAGCAGAGUUUGGAGGCCAUUAACAAAUCGAUGGGGCAGGCGGUCCUGCCAAGAUUGAAACUGGGAAACGAGAGGGAGGACUUGGAGUCGGAUGCAGAUGAGCAGGAUAAUUACACCAGUGAAUUGGAUGACGAACCAGAGGAGGAGGACGAUCUUAUAGCGAGAGCGACGAAGCUGAUCGAACGAGCUCGUUCUUGUCCUAGUCCCAAGCCCAAUCCCUCCGCGGAGGAUACCCACAGUGGGGAUGAGGAGCAGGAGGAGGAGGAGGAACAACCAGACCUAGAGCUAGAAAAGGUCUUGAAACUGCCCCCCUUGACCAAGCAGAACAGCAAUGUCAGUCGUCGUUUGGUGGUUCUUGAGCAGGAUGAGAAUGGCACCAUGUACAUUAAGUCGGCUACCAGCUCCCAGCGUCGUGCAAAUAGCGGCCUGGGGAAUAAGUACGAUCCCUUCCUCUCGGCCAAGCGGCAGCUGGAGGAGCUCUGCUCGCCCAGCACGCCGCCCCCCGAGGAGGAGGAGGUGACCAGCACCACUAGGAACACCAAGACCCUGACACCCUUACCAACGACCACACCUACAGCUACACCCAACAUCGCCAUGACCACUUCUCUCAACACAGCAAUAAGCAAGCCAGCUCAGAUGGCCCUGAAAUCCACGCCGGCCUCCAACUUCCGACGCACCUCAUCGUUGCGGGGUCCCCGUCGCACGCCCAUGCUGAACAGUCGCCCCCUGUUCGCCACGAACUACCGACCCACCAUCCAGCGAGGCCUCUCCGACGAGGGACCCAUCUCCACGAACUUCCUCAAGCCGGAGGAGUUCGACGAGAUGCCAGUAAGGGCGGCCUGCGGCAACGAUUUCCACAGUCCCCGAGUGGUGCGUCGCGAUACGAGCGCCUCCAAUCGGAAGCAGCAGCUCAAGCUGCCAGUGGGUGGAGCCGGUGAAGCCAGCAACGCCCCCUCAUCCCCGCAAGCGGGACGCAGUGUGGCCAAAACGGACUCGCUGGCCGUGUUCCUGAAGUACGAGCACGAGCUGGAGCAGUUGAACGCCAAGGCGGCGGAGUUGGCCGCGGCCAGCCAGCUGACCAGCAAGGAGCAGAAGGACAAGAGCAACACGCUGAGCAAACAGAACUCGGCCAAGAGCCUCGGACAGAGUACUCCGACCCAGCUGCCACCGUUGACUCCUGCGGCGGUUCCACCCUCACCUUCCGCGGUCAAGGAGGUGAACUAUCCGCCGGUGGCGACUCCUCUGCGGUUGGAGCCCAUCAGCCGGCCAGCGAUGAACCCCCUAGCUCCACUCACGCCCAUCCGGCUGGAGAGCAUCUUCGGUCCCAGGAGGGAAGCGGCCUUGGGUUCAGGAUCGGGAUCGGUGGCAGGCGACUUCAUCGACCCCAAGCUGAUAAACGCCUGCGACAACCUGCACGUGAGCAGCGGCAUCUCCUCGGACGCCAGCUCCACGCCGCAGCAGUUGUCCCAGAGCCGGAGCCGCAGCAGCUCCCAGUCGACAAUCACCCACGAGCGGAGGCAGUCCGGCGAGGCCAGGAACCUGCUGAAGCGCAAGAUGCGCUUGGGACGCAACCAGUUUCUGUACGACGCCUCGCCGGAGGACGCGGACGCCUCGUCCGGCUGCUCCGCCGACGACGAGGCCAACCGCUCCUCCAUGGAGUACGACGAGCAGUGCUGGCAGCAGCAGCAGAAGCAGCUGCUGGCCAACCCGCUGCCGCUGGUCAUGCCCAUGGUGCACAACGCCAUGCCCACCUUCGACGACUUUGACUUCGAGGAGUUCCUCUCCUCAUUCGAGAACGAGAAUGACGACGAGCAGUUCCCGCUGUUCAAGGACUGUCGCGAGUUCCUUCUGAAUCGCUCGACGAGCAGGCAACGCUCGUUCCAGAAAGCGACUUCGACGCCACAAGCGACAGCCACACCGAGCACACCGCACACACCGCACAGCAUCCACAGUGUCCAGUCGAAGAUUAAAGACAAUCACGCCCACAGGUCCGAGGCGAAGGCGCCGGAGGAGCGGCUGCAGCGCCAGCGGUCGAACGCCUCGAACGCCAGCAGCCAGGAGGAGAAGCAGAGCCGCCAGGACAUGGAGAAGCGGAUGGGCGCCGAGGACCAGCAGAAGCGGGAGAUAUUCAUCAGCAUCGAAACGGAGGCCAAUGCCCAGGGACGCUCGCCCAUCUCGCCGGACUCGCUGCGCCACAUGGUCGGCAAUGCCCAGACGCCCAUCGACGUGCUGCACAUCGAGAACGGCAACGAGCCGGAGCACGCGAGGUUCAGCAAGAUCAGCGACACGGAGGAUGCCGGAGACGAGUCCGGGGAUCGAACCAGCCAGGCCACCGCCACCGGCCGACUGGCCCCAUCCCCGAGUGGCUCCGCAUUGGCGCCCAACGUGCAGCUGAACAACGCCAAGAACCUGAUCCAGCAGAUGCAGAGUGACUUCCGGCAGCUGGGCGAGGAGGCCAGUGCCUCCAUGCGGCGCAUGUUGAUUGUCAGCGGACGAGGAGACGAGCAGCAGCAGCAGCAACAGCAGGCGAGCAGGGAAGUCAGGGAUCCAAAUCCGAUUCCAAAUCUCGAGCAGGAACAACAACAUAUUAAGGCCAACGCCCCACUGACGCCUUCGCCGUCGGCGGAGUCGGAUGAGCUGAGCAGCCUGGAUGGCUAUCCCAUGUCCUCCUCGCACGGCUCCCGGCGCGGAGCCAGCUCCAAGAUGAGUACGGAUUCGGCUUACGGCAGCAGCAACUCACCUUACAGCUUGUCACGCCAGCGCUCCUCGGAACUCCAGCCGGUGGCCUCACACUCCCAGGGACUCCAGCGUCCGCAUACGGCCAGUGCCAUGUUAGCGGGCGGCCUGACCGAUUCCAGCCCCCAGACGCACAGCGCCCACGGAGGCCUUAAGGCUCGCAAGCGACUGUUUGUCCCAGAAAGUGGCAGCAAUGGCGAUGGAGCCGAGUUGUCCAUCAGUGGACCAGAUCACUUUCUUCAGCAACAUCAGCAGAUAAGCAACUACAACUACCAACAACUGCAGCAGCAACAACUGCAGCAGCAACAGCAACAACUGCAGCAGCAGCAACCACAGCAGCAGCAGGAGAAGCCCUUACCACAAUCUCUACAGGAUUACAACGCCAACAACAAUCUACCGAUAACACCAACCAUUUCGGAGCACUCGCUGAACAGCAACGAAUCCAUGUCGUCAAGUAUGAGGAUUUCGAAGUACUGCCACGAAUGCGGCGGAAAGUUCAUCUUGGACACCGCCAAAUUCUGCAUGGAGUGCGGAAUGAAGAGGAUUAUAUUCUAGAUUAACCCCCCACGUAGCCAUUGUUGUCAGUAGCUCACACCACUCACAGAAUUCAGAACUCAGAUCUUAGAACUCAGAACACGAAACACAGAACACAAAAGCACCCGAACAAAGCCGACUCCGCUGAUGAAUCCUGGCCAGUUCGAUCUUUGGGGUCUGAAAUAUACCAAAUGUAGUUGUUAAACGCAAGCAGUUUGCAGGGAGCGUUAACACCGCUUAUAUACGAGAUAAUAAUAAUAUAUAUAUUUUUUAAUACGAACCAAAACCAGUAAAACACAGGUGUUUAUUCAAGCAAACUUUAAUCGAACUAAACUUGGCAUUUCUUUCGCAAACAUGUUUAUCAUCUUCGAUGGCUUAAAAAAUCGAACAAAAACGAAACUCAACGUAAAAAGUAAACACUUUAACAAAGUUGUUGAUUAACAAAGACUGAACGAAUUUAAACGAUAGAGCGUUGAAAAAAAAUUGAAUAUGUAAUAUGACAAGAGCAAAACUAUUUUUAAACAUUUUUCAAAACCUAACGCAGCAACUUCAUUGUAUUUGUAUUUUGUAAACGUUUUACUAAUUAUAUAGACACCGCUUAAAUAUAUACGUAUAUAUGAUAAUGCAUA